CGCAUGCGCCGCUUCGGGAACGAGGCCACCAAAACAGGGUGAGAGAGAGAAAAAAAACAGUCGGCCCGGGGAUCCUGGAGUGACGUCACGGCGUUCUGACUCCGCGGGGCGCGAGGCGCGUCUGCUUUUGCAAGCGAAGCGCGGAGGGUGCAAAGCCGGGCAGCGGUAGAAGAAUUGCAGCCCGAUUUCUACUAUGCCUGGAUUGAUGUUAUUUGGCCGGCGUUGGGCUAUCGGCAGUGAUGACUUUGUCUUCCCUGGAGCCUUUGAAUUGUUCAUCAGAGUGACGUGGUGGAUCGGAAUUUUGGUUUUGUAUUCCAUACACAAAGGGCAAUUCAACUGCAGCGGAGGAGGCCUGCUGAAUAACUACCUUCUCAUCCUCCUUAUCCUCUUGGCGUUCAUCAUAGCUGCUUUGUCAUCCAUCACAUACACCAGCAUGCAAGGAACCAUUGCUAACCCCGGGCCACGAAAAUCUCUUCCGAAACUCCUAUACAUCCGUCUGGCUCUUUACAUCCCAGAGCUGGUCUGGGUUGUGGUUGGAACUGUGUGGAUAGCCGACAAGCAAGUAAACUGUGAAAGAGCUAUGAUCGAUGCCAUUUUUGGGACUGUUAUUGUCAGCUGGGUGAUAAUGGUCUUCACGCUGGUGGCUGUUUUCAUUUUCUUUGACCCUCUUGGGAGGAAGACGGUCUACCUGGCUGACUACGCCAGUCGCAACCUGGAGAGCAGCCAGUCCGAGCAGCUGUUCUGCAACAUCAAGAAGAGAGCCACACGCGUCUGGGAGAAGAGAAUCCGGUUGUUGUGUUGUUGCAUUGUGCAAAACGACGAUCACCGCGUGGCUUUUACGAGCAUCGCCGAGCUUUUCCGUUCCUACUUCUCGGACACCGACUUAGUGCCGAGCGACAUAGCAGCAGGCCUGACUCUCCUCCACCAGCAGCAAGAUAAGGUCGAAAAUUCAAAAGACCCCGACGAAGUUUUAAUUCAGCCCCCGUCGCCUCCUGCAGGAAACGAUUUGGAGGUUGAAUUAGAGAAUGCGGCUCAUUAUAUGAAGUUUGCAGUGGCUGCGUACGGCUGGCCCUACUAUGUCCUGAUGAACCCUUUCACUGGUCUCUGUAAACUGAGAGGCUUCUGUUGCAGAAACAGUGCGGCGCAGACGGAAAUCAUCGGGAGCGAUUACCUUAACAUGCACUUUGGUUCCAUCCUGCAGAUCACGGGACUGCAAAACAGAGAUUUCAUCCACAUCAGCUUUCACAAUAAAAUUUUUGAGAUUCCUUUCUUCGUGGCCCUGGAUCACCAAAAAGAAGCUAUCGUGGUAGCUGUGAGAGGAACUUUAUCGUGUGAGGAUGUCCUAACAGACCUUUCAGCAGAUUGUGAAAGCUUAACUCUUGAAGAUGUCCUAGAAAAUGGUCUGGUCCAUAAGGGGAUAACUCAGGCUGCCAAUUAUAUUUAUAGAAGGCUGAUAAACGAUGGGAUUUUGAACCAGGCGCUCAGCAUCGCACCCGAGUAUAAACUGGUCGUCGCUGGACAUAGCUUAGGAGGGGGCAUUGCCUCCAUCCUGGCGAUCAUGCUCCGAAACUCUUUCCCCAACAUGAGAUGUUACGCUUUUUCUCCGCCUGGAGGCUUAUUGAGCAAAUCCCUGGCGGACUACACGAAGCAGUUUAUUGUGUCUGUCAUCGUAGGAAAGGACAUCGUUCCCAGAUUGAGCAUGCUCAACUUGGAAGACCUGAAAAGGAGGAUCAUUAGAAUCGUUGCCAAUUGUAACAAACCCAAGUACCAGAUUCUCUUGCAUGGGUGCUGGUACGAAGUUUUUGGAGGAAAACCUGAUAACUUCCCCACAGAACUGGAUGGCAGGAACCAAGAUAGUUUGACCCAGCCUCUCCUCGCCGAAGAGAACCUGAUGGCCCAGCAGUCGCCUUUGUACACAAGUUUAGACGACAAUUCCCCUUUAGGGUCCAGUCCUCAGUACCCUCACUUGUUUCUCCCUGGGAAAAUCAUCCACAUCGUCGAAGAAAACAGCACAAAAGGUUGGUUUUCUUCUGAGGUCAAGUAUUCAGCCAGCUGGUCGCGAGAAACUGCCUUUGGUAGUAUUUUAAUCAGCCCCAAGAUGAUCACCGAUCAUUGGCCAGAUAUAGUCCUCAGAGCUCUCCACAGCUUGGUCCAAACCGAUGCGUCUUGCGUUUCGUGUCGGUCCCAAGGGGAAGCUUUCUGAAUGUUGUAUAACAGCAGAGAUGGACAAGCACAACCUGACUGUGUCCCAAGUGUUUACAAGAACAAGCCUUUAGCAGUUCAGCUGCGUGUGUCUAAAAGCAGAAACCAGACCAAGGUCUUCAGAUGUUUCUGGAUGACCACCUUAAGGUUGAAGUCAACAUCUUCUGGGCUGCUUGUAACGGACUGAGAUGUUUCGUGUCGAAAGAUAGGAUUUCAUGGAAGUUUUACGAAGUCACAUCCGCCCAGGGAUUGUUGUGACGGAGAACUCAACUGAUGGAAAGCGAUGAUUGAUGUCUUCCUGAAGCCCCCCGAGAUCCAUCUGAUCUGCUGACGUGUUUUUUAAAGCACAUUAUGUGUCGUCAAACCAAGUCCUUGUGGCAUAGUGGAGACCUACCUGCAGGGUUUAACGAGGGACUUGUAAAUGUGUAAUAAGUAAGUCAGGAAUGUUGGUGAAAAUUAACUUCAAGACUUGGCCUAUUUGGAUACGCAGAUGAUUACGUCUUGGUUUUUUCUUUCUUUCUUGAAAGGAACGAGCAUUUUAGAUGCUUUUCACUGACUGAACUCUUAAUUCUUGGGUAUCUGUGCAAUGCUGUCUGCUUUUGUUUACAAUUCUUUUUAACACUGCUGAAUGUGCAAUUAAUGAUAGAAAAUCUAAAAGCCACGGUCUUCGGUUCGUGUUAGUACAAACCAGAAAGAUCAUUUUAGCUCUGUAUCAAGAUUUAUAAUACAAAUCUAUAGAGCUGAUAAAAGGUUGGUGUGAUUGUCUCUAAGAAGCAAAUCCAGAUCAAGUUGAUUAGAGGAUUCUUCAAAAGUAAUUGCGGUCCUAAGGAUGAUAUCUUUUUAGAUGAUGUUUUUGGAAAGAUCUUCUAGCAGAAAGGAAAUAGGCUGAUUUUUAACGCAUUCACUUCCUGGAAAAAUUACGGAAAUCCAGGAAUGUACGUGCUUUUAAAAACAAAUGUAUUUCAGAUGUGGAAGCAAACUAAAUUUGAAUUUGGCAUUCUUUUUUAAUCUUAUUCUGGUUUCAGUGGCAAGGAAGGUCAGUAAUGGGCUUUUUAAAAAAAAAGUACAGGUGGUCCUUGACUUACCACAAUUGGAAUCAGCAUCUCUUUGUUGCUAAGGCAAUUGAGUUGCACCCAAUUUCACAAUCUUUUUUUUUUUUUGCCAAGGUCGUUAAGUGAAUCUGGCUUCCUCUGAUUUGGCUUUUGCUGAUUGGGAAAGUCACAAAUGAUGACCAAAUGAUCAAGGGAUGCUGCAAUUGUCCUAAAUAACAUGACAAUUGCCAAGCACCCAAAUUUUGAUUACUCGAUUGUGGGAAUGCUGCGGUGGUUAAAUGCAGGGACCGGUUUUAACUGUUUUUCAGUGCAACUUUGGUUGCUAAGCAAACGGUUGUUAAGUCAAGGACCGCCUUUAAGGCCAAGACAGAAUUCCAGAGUCAAGAUUUGAAAAAUUUAUACUUUCUCUCGCACAUAUUAAUAUUUGGUACCUACUUAGCAUGCUUCCCAUUGAGCUGCCGUAACGUGGAUUAGUUUAAACUAAUGUGAAACUGGUUUUCUAUCAGUUUUCUCUACCAUGCUAUACAAGAGUGUUAUGGGCUCAGUUUGCAUUGGGUAAUUUUAAAGAGCCUCACAAAAGAGGCCUCUCCUUCCAAAAUGUGCCAAAUAUCUACAGUUGGCUCCUGAAACCUCGCUGUUGGGGACGUUUUCGGCUCCAUAUACAGUAUUUCUGCAUAAAAACGACCUUGUUGGAAUAGAUUAAAAAGUGGCAUUCUGGAAUUUCUCCCGUUGGGUGCAGCAAAUGGGACAAAAUGAUGGAAGGGGUCUAGCAGUGAGGACCGUUGGCCUAAGCAUCAUCUAUAGAUAACAUCCCAAUAUUUUCCCCCCAUUAAAAAUGUUUCCACCC